AUGUCAACAGAUACCAUGUAUAUCAACAGUUCGCGAAUGCUGCCUACACGAAGUAAAAACAAGACAUCUAAUGCCAUGUUUCCUCGUAGUAACAGCAGUUCGAGUAUUAAGAACAACAGUAAUAAUAAACAACAAAAUGGUAACAACAACAACAACAAUAAUAAUCGUAAUAAGAAACAUUCUCGUAAAUCGAAUGAUAACAAGAACUUGGAUAAAUUGAAAGUUCCAUUACCUCAAACUUUACCAAAUGGUGAAAAACCAAAUUUUGGUGGCAAUGCUAAUUCAAAGUCAAAUCCAAAACGUAGAGGUAGUCAUAAUGGUAACGAUAAAUCGACAAAAGAUGUUACUAAAAAUUUAAAGAAUUUAUUACUGGAUAAUAAUAGUAACAACCAUAAUAAGAAAAACUCUACAAGAAGAAGUAAUAGUAAAUCUCCAAAUAUGCAAAAUAAUGUAACCACUAAUAGUACAAACAUAUCAAGUGCUAACAAGAGCCAUCCAACGAGUGCUAGUUCCCAUGGAUUUAAAAAUCAAAAUACUACUCCAAUCAUGACAUUUCUAACGUCUCCCAUUAAUGGACCAGGUUCUAUUCCGAACAUGAAUUUAUCCGAUCAACACUCUACUUCAAACCAACCAAGUGGUGGUAGUAGUCAAGGUAAUACCCCAACCCCUGGUAGUAUACCACGUGUGGGUACUCAAAUAUUAACAAGACCAGGUAUUUCAAUGGCAAUGUCUAAUAACGAUCACGGUAAUAACAAAUUUCAGAAUAUUCCUCCGCAAUCUCAACAACAGUAUCCACAGGGGUUUUUGCAACAGCCUCAACAAUUACAAUUUCAACCUCAAAUCCAGGCACAAUUUCCACAACCACCGCAAUAUGGCUUACCAAUUGGCCCAGGUAUUCAGCAAAAUCAAUCAAUGCCAUUACCACCACCUAAUAUUCAAUCAUCUUUAUCCCAGCAUUUCCAAGGGUUAGGAUAUCCAUUUGCAUUACAUAAUAAUUACAGAUUAUCUUCCGGUGAUGGCCCACUACCUCAACAAAUCCAAAUGAUGGCACCAAUGUUUAACCAACAAAACAUGCAUCCUAUGAACCACAAUAACAACACGGUUCAACCGGGGCAAGCAACUAUUGGCAAUACUAUAUCACCAAAUGUUACACCAACAACGUUUCGUUCAACUGAAAUUUCUCCUAAGGCAAAACCUAACACAACGCAAACUUCUGCUAAAAGAAACAAGGCUAGAACUUCUAGUCAUUCUUUCGCAGGUGCUUCAUUUGCAACUGAUGUUCCUCAGGAAUCAAAUUUACCAAAACCAAGUUUUUUAUAG